GGCCAGAAGCUCUUUUCCUGCCGAAGCCGGUGUGGGCCUAUGUCUUCGGAGACUCGCUCGGACUUCAGAGGAGUCGUGGGAAGUGGCCUAAGCAGGACUCCGUCAGGAUGGACGCCCGGGCAGCCAGGAGGGGAGCGCUCCGGGGUCGCAGGGGCGCGCCCCGGGCCACGCUGGGAACUCGGGGAGCCUUGGCCCCGCCUGACCCGGAAGGGCUGGAGCGUGGUAACCCCGGCUUCCCUAGCAACCGAGCCUCAGUGCGCGUCCCGACCGGCCGCUGUGGCCUCUCGCUGGGCCCGCCUCCGGGAUGCCCCUGCAGGUCAGCGAUUACAGCUGGCAGCAGACGGAGUCCGCAGUCUUCCUCUCCGUGCCGCUCCGGGGCGUCUCCGUCAGGGACGCGGACGUGUUCUGCGCGGAAAACUACCUGAAGGUCAACUUUGCUCCAUUUUUAUUUGAGGUGUUUCUCUACGCUCCCAUAGAUGAUGAGAGCAGCCAGGCCAAGAUUGGGAAUGACACCAUUGUUUUCACCUUACGUAAAAAAGAAGCCGUCAUGUGGGAGGCCCUUUCUGUGUCAGGUGUUGACAAAGAGAUGAUGCAAAGAAUAAGAGAAAAAUCUAUUUUAAAAGCACAAGAAAGAGCAAAAGAAGCUAUAGAAGCAAAAGCUGCAACAAGGCGGGAAGAUCAAAAAUAUGCACUAAAUGUCAUGAUGAAGAUUGAAGAUGAAGAGAGGAAAAAAAUAGAACAAAUAAAAGAAAAUGAACGAAUAAAAGCAACUAGAGAACUGGAAGCCUGGAAAAAACAACAAAGAAAAGCUGAAGAACAAAAAAGAACUCAAAGAGAAGAUAAGUUACAUCAACAAGAAAAGCAAAUAGAAGAGGGAAAGAAAUUAAAACAUAAAAGUUUUCCUAGAAAUUCGACAACUAGAAAUCUUGCCACAAAAGGGAGGAACUCAGAAAACAUAUUUUCUGAGAAGUUAAAGGAAGACAGUAUUCCUGCUCCUCGCUCUACAGGCAGUAUUCAAGUCAACUUCACCCCUCGAGUGUUCCCAACUGCUCUCCGGGAAUCAAGAGUAGCAGAAGAAGAGGAGUGGCUACAUAAACAAGCAGAGGCAAGAAGAACAAUGAAUACUGAUAUUCCUGAACUUAGUGAUUUAAAAGAAGAAGAAAAGAACCCAGAAUGGUUGAAGGAUAAAGGAAACAAAUUGUUUGCAACAGAAAACUAUUUGGCAGCAAUUAAUGCAUACAACUUAGCCAUAAGACUAAAUAAUAAGAUUCCACUAUUGUAUCUGAAUCGGGCUGCUUGCCACCUAAAAUUAAAAAACUUGCACAAGGCCAUCGAAGAUUCUUCUAAGGCACUGGAAUUAUUGACACCACCUGUUCCAGACAAUGCUAAUGCAAGAAUGAAGGCACAUGUACGACGUGGAACAGCAUUCUGUCAACUAGAAUUGUAUGUAGAAGAUAAUACAAGUAUUAAUGAAAUAUUUUCUUGGUCAUUAUUACUAUAUAAAUAUAGGCCUACAGGAUUAUGAAGCUGCACUUAAGAUUGAUCCAUCCAACAAAAUUGUACAAAAUGAUGCUGAGAAGAUUCGGAAUAUAAUUCAAGGAACAGAAGUAAAAUCUUAAUGACUACUGGAAGCAACUAGGUACUAUAAUGGGUUUGGUUUAAAAUUUUUUCAAAAUAUUAUAACUGGAGGCAUUGGGAACAUUAUGGGUAAUUGUGCAGAAUCACUUUAUUUUAGUGCUCUAGUUCUGUUGGAAGGAAAAUAUUGUAAGUCUAUAGAAAAUAAUAUGUUUGAGAGUUAUGGUUUCUGAUUAACUAAAUCAAAAUAAUCUAUUUCAAUUCUUUAUCUCUUUAUAUUAAUAUAUAAUUUAAUUACAUAUUUUUGUUACUGAAUUCAGCUUGCCCUUAUAACCAAUAAAAUAUAUGUUGGUGUGAUGAUUA